UCAGGAAACAGUUUGUUAUUCUUCCUCAUUAAAGAGAGUCACACAGACUGAAAACCAGACGAUCAGAUUCACCUUCAGAACAAACUAACAACUUCAUCUGAGUGAGUUCAUCUAAAGGACAGAAAAGUGGAAAACUACAACACUGCUGCUUCAACCUGCUGACGCUCCACACACUGAAGCUUCACUCAGAGACUAAAUGGCUUCCAGAUCAGAGGAGGAUCUCUGCUGUCCGGUCUGUCAUGACGUCUUUAGAGAUCCUGUUCUUCUGUCAUGUAGCCACAGCUUCUGUAAAGACUGUCUGAAGAGAUGGUGGAGAGAGAAGCAGACACGCGAAUGUCCAGUUUGUAAAACAAUAUCUUCAAAGUCAAAACCGCCUUUAAACCGGGUGUUAAAGAACCUGUGUGAGACCUUCUUACAGGAGAGAGAUCAGAGAGCUUCAGAGGCUCUCUGCAGUCUGCACUCUGAGAAACUCAAACUCUUCUGUCUGGACCAUCAGCAGCCAGUGUGUCACAUCUGCAGAGAUUCAGAAAAACACACCAACCACAGAAUCAGACCCAUCGAUGAAGCUGCACGACGACACAAGAAGGAACUUCAGGAAACUCUGGAGCCCUUAAAGGAGAAGUUAAAGGUUUUUGAACAAGUUAAAGUGAAGUCUGAUCAAACAGCAGAACACAUGAAGGUCCAGGCCCGACGCACAGAGAGGCAGAUUAAGGAGCAGUUUAAGAAGCUUCACCAGUUUCUAGAAGAGGAAGAGGAGGCCAGGAUCUCUGCACUGAGGGAGGAAGAGGAGCAGAAGAGUCAGAUGAUGAAGGAGAAGAUGGAGGCUCUGAGCAGAGAGAUAGCAGCUCUUUCAGACACAAUCAGAGCCACAGAGGAGGAGAUGAGAGCUGAAGACGUCUCAUUCCUGCACAACUACAAGGCUGCAAUGGAAAGAGUCCAGCAGCGCCCCCUGCUGGAGGAUCCACAGCUGCUCUCAGGAGCUCUGAUAGACGAGGCCAAACACAUGGGCAACCUGACCUUCAACAUCUGGAACAAGAUGAAGGAGAUGGUCUCCUUCACUCCUCUGAUUCUGGAUCCAAACACUGCUCAUCCAAAACUCAUCCUGUCUGAAGAUCUGACCAGUGUGAGACGAGGAGAGAAACAGCAGCUUCCUGAUAAUCCAGAGAGGUUUGAUAUCCAGUGGUCUGUCCUGGGCUCUGAGGGCUUUAACUCUGGGACUCACAGCUGGGAUGUCGAGGUUGGAGACAGUACAUACUGGUUUCUGGGUGUGUUAGCAGAGUCUGUCCAGAGGAAGGGACUGAAACAGUCUGGAUUAUGGAGAAUACGGUUCUAUGAAGGUAAAUACUCAGCACGGUCACCAUCAGCUCCAGUCACUGAUCUCAGAGUCCAGAAGAAGCUCCAGAGGAUCAGAGUGGAUCUGGACUGGAACAGAGGAAAGCUGUCGUUCUCUGAUCUUGAUACUAACACACACAUACACACCUUCACACACACUUUCACUGAGAAGCUGUUUCCAUUCAUUAGCACUGAUGAUAAACUGAAUAUAUUACCACUGAAGGUCUGUGUGACAGUGGAACAGAGCAGUUAAAGAGGAUGAUUAUAUUCAUCAUGUUGUUUGUUUCUUAAUGGGAAAGUCACUGAAUUUAACCUCUUAACCUGCACCUGUCCUCCUGCUGACUCAUUAUUCCAAAGAGAUCUUUAUUUUGUUUCACUUAAUGUUUUUUUUCAUAGUUUUAUUUUUGUUGUUGUUUAGUUGUUUUUUUUCAAUUGUCAACCUUUUUAUAUGUAAAAUUAUUUCAUUUAGUUUCUGAUCUUAAUGCUUGGUUUGUUUAGCCUUUUCUUUCUUAAAGAUAAUGUUUCAUUUUAGAUUGUUCAUCUUGAUUCCUGUUGCAUUGCCUGUUUUGAGCGCGUGCCCGUUGCUUGGCCCCCAUAUGUGCUGCUUGCAGUACAUUAAAAUCAAUAUUUAAUUGCAUGAAAUUUUUAGAAUAUGUACAAAAUAGAAAUUAAAUUAUCCAAAAUAUAUGUAGAAGUUUCUAUUUGAUGUCAUGAAGACAAGAUGACUGAAAGAAAACGCAGUUUAGUCGGAGGAGUAGUCGUUCUAUUUAAGGUGGACAUGUCAGUUUUAAGGUGGACUUAUCAGUUUAGCUUCAGACUCUAUGUAAUGUUGGUGAUUUAAGACCGGGAAAACAAAUAUAAAGAUCAGAGAAUAAGUGAAAUGACUACAUACGAAGAGAUAGACAUAAACUUACACUGAAAACAAAAACUAAUUUGUCACAAAUAAAUCCCAACAAAAAUAAAAUAAAAAAAAUUUGAAAGGUUCCAAAUCACCAGUAAGUGAAAGUAACAUCUCCAUUUACAACGGCUGAUGGGAAUGUAAUUAGUUCUGCAAGUGUUUACACCAAUGUCUCGGGACAAAUUGAAAUGUUGACCUGAUGAUGGAGCUAGAUGAAAAGUCAGUUAUUAUAGUUAUUACAAUUCCUCCUGAGGGGAACAUGAACGUUUCUAGAACAUUUCAUGUCCAUCCAUUUAAUAGUUUUUUAGAUAUUUUAGUCUGGACCAAAGUGGUGGACCGACAGAACUGAUCAAUCAUAAUGAACUGUGAAGGAUGCUUUAGUGGUGAAAUGUUAACAAAGUUAAGAGAACAGCUUUUACAAGACGGUCGUGUCUAGAAGCCCCCGAGUCGCGCAAACUCUCACGAGACUCGCUGCCAGAUGACCUUUCCUGACCUUAACCAUUCAAGGUCAAUGCCUAACCCAAGGGGGAGAAAAAAGGAGAUGUCACGCGUCAUCAUCGCGUCAUAUCAUUGGGGUUCAACACAUGCAGUAAAAUCUGGUCUGCACUCGCCGAAAUUGAGCCAACAGCAACAAAUUACUACAGCUCCAGUUACACUGUUUGAUUUUGUUGAUCAUGAUCUCCUAAAAUUUAAGCUUUACCAAAUAGGGGUUAAUGGAAAAUUCUAUCAAGCCAUUAACUCUUUAUAUAGGGCACCUGUUGCUUGUGUGAAAGUCAAUGACUAUCAUACAGAAUGGUUUCCGACGCCCUCUGGUGUUAAGCAAGGUGAUAUUUUAUCACCAACAUUAUUUGCUGUUUUUAUUAAUGAUCUGGCAAGAGAGAUAAAGCAGCUGGGGAAAGGGGUUUUAUGUGGCCGUGUACUUGUAAACAUUCUUCUUUAUGCUCAUGAUAUUAUUUUACUGUUAAGAGAAUGAGGAAGAUUUACAAGCAAUGCUGACAUGUGUUGAUGGAUGGUGUAAAAAGUGGAGACUUUAUAUCGAUGAAAAACCCCCACAAAUUAUACAUUUUGGAAAACCAGGUAGAGAAAGGAGUAGUUUUCAGUUUUGCGUUGGUGAGAAACAACUUGAGUUUACAGAUAAAUAGAAGUAUCUUGGCUUUCUUUAGAUGAUAGUAUGUCUUGUUUACAUGGUGCAUCAGUUCUAGCAGACUCAGCAAGUAGAGCAUUGGGGGGUUUAGGUAAAACUAAAAUGAUGAGCGAUAUGGGUUAUUCUACAUAUUCCAAACUGUACCAAACAUGUGUUUGUCCUGUCUGUCCUGACUUUGCCAAUAUUGUGAACUAAAUGAGGUUCAAAUUAAUUUCAUUUUAUUUUGUCCUUUGUAUCAUGAUUUACGACAAAUAUUAUUUAAAAAAGUUCAUGUUCCUGGUUUAGAUUUGAUAGGUAUGGAGACUGGAGUCUUAACUGAAUAUAUUUUUUAUAAUGUUUUUGCAUUUGCUGAAUUUCUAUCUAAAGUAUGGGACAGGAGAAGAAAAGCAACAUACAAUAGAUAAAUUCUUCCGACUCUGAUGCCUUUUUUUGUCAUGAUUGGAUGUUUGUAUGUGUCUUGUGCUUAGGGGGCUGUGAUUGUAUAUCUGUGACUCGUUAUUUGUUAUGUUUUCAUUGUGGGAUGUAUCCUGGAGCAUUAUUUGUGGGAGGUUCACGUGUGUGAUUAUGUCUGGAUGAUGUUUAAUUUUCUGUUUGGAUGAUGCUGGUGUAUUGUGCUGUUAGAUGAUGGUGGUCUAACAUGCUGGGAUGUUUGUUUGUUUUGUUGUUUGUUAAUGUGUCUGAUUAAUCCCAUGAGGGAUGGGUUAUGUAAAUGAUGAGACAUGAAAAUAAAUCAUUCAUUCAUUCA